CUGGUCCAACUUCAACAGGGAGUUCCUCAAUAGCAGCCCUACCUACCUGAACGAAGUAACGUUAGCAUCCCCUUGCUAGCAAGACUAAUGUUACCAACGGGUGGAGGUCGAGGUAAACAUGAAGUUGGUCGCCAAGUAAAUUGCUUCUCCGUCAGUCGUGGAGUGGAGUUGAGAGCCAGGGCAGUGCACAUAUUUCGCAGCAACAGUACCAGAUUGGCUGCAGUCCAGUUUUAGGAAGCAGGACAGAGGAGGAGGUUGGAAAGUAAACAUCCCUCUGCUUGCUAGACUCAUGCUCACAAAGGUCUCUUUCUCUUUAUCAAUCUCUACCCUCGGGUGAAGGCAGAAGUAGAGGUUUGGAUGCAGGUUGUAUGCUGGCUGCUGUGCUUUGGCACGGCGGGGGCACUCGCUGUGCUGCAGAAGGACCAGGUGGCCCAGCACGCCAUCAAGCUUUAUCGGAGCAAGGGGGCCACACACGGCCACAGCUGGGUGGCCAGCAACUGCAAGCGGCUAGUGGGUCUCCUGCGUCAGAAGAAUGUGGUCGUCAAGAAGCUGGCAGCCGCUGCUGAUGCUGUUGGACGAGACCGGGCCCUUUCAGAACCCGAGAGGCACUUCCAGGUUCACACUCUGGAGGUUUUCCAGAAGGAGCUGAAUGAGAGCGAGCACCUGGUGUUCCAGGCUGUGCACAGCCUGCAGAGGGCGCUGCAGGGAGACUACAGGGAUGUGGUCAACAUGAAGGAGAGCAGCAGACAGAGGCUGGAGGCCCUCAGGGAGGCAGCCAUAAAGGAAGAACAGGAGUAUGUGGAGCUGGUGGCUGCUGAGAAGCACCAGCAGGAAGCUGUUAAGAGCGCUUUAGCCCAGAAUAAGACUCUGUCCAUGCUGGACGAGAUCCUGGAGGACGUCAGGAAGGCAGCAGACCGGCUAGAAGAGGAAAUCGAGGAGCACGCCUUUGACAACAACAAACAGAUGAAAGGAGUAAAUGUAGAGGCAGUGUUGAGAGUGGAGGAUGACGAGGAGAAUGGAGGGAAGAGGAAGAACAAGUCCCGGCAGAAGGAAGUGGAGGAUGACCUGGGACUGAGCAUGCUCAUUGACUCGCAGAACAACCAGUAUGUCCUGACCAAACCACGAGACUCCACAAUGCCAAGAGCGGACCAUCACUUCAUCAAGGACUUGGUGUCAGUGGUGAUGUUGUCCCUGCCUUGCGGAUGGAUUUGCUCUCUGGUUGGUCUUCCCCCCAUGUUUGGAUAUAUCAUCUGCGGGGUCCUACUCGGCCCUUCUGGCCUCAACAGCAUCAAGUCUAUGGUGCAGGUGGAGACUCUGGGGGAGUUGGGUGUGUUCUUCACUCUCUUUGUGGUGGGUUUGGAGUUCUCACCGGAGCGCGUUCGAAAGGUAUGGAAGACAUCGGUUCAGGGGUCGUGCUACCUGAGUCUGCUGAUGGUGGGGGCCGGUUUGUUGUGGGGACAAGUCCUGCGUAUUCGACCCACCCAGACUGUCUUCAUCUCCACUUGUCUCUCCCUGUCCAGCACUCCACUAGUGUCCCGCUUCCUGGCAGGGGGGAGCAGAGGGGACAAAGAAGGUGAUCUGGACUACAGCAGUGUUCUCCUCGGGAUGUUAGUGAUGCAAGACGUUCAACUUGGUCUCUUCGUCGCCAUAAUGCCAACUCUGAUCCAGGCACAGAGUGGAGACUUGGACAGCUUCCUGUUUGGAAGUCUCCGCGUGUUGUACCUCCUGGCCCAGGUCCUGGUCUCUCUGGCUGCUGUGCUGCUGCUGUGUUUGUUACUCAAAUCAUUCCUGAUUGGACCCUAUUACAAGAAACUGCAUGCUGAGAGCAAAGGCAACAAGGAGAUCCUGGUGCUGGGGAUGGCAGCUUUUGUCUUUUUCAUGCUGACGGUGACAGAGAUUUUGGAUGUUUCUAUGGAGCUGGGCUGUUUCCUGGCUGGAGCUUUGCUGUCCACACAGGGUCACAUGGUUACGACAGAGGUCAUGGGAUGCAUCGAGCCGAUCAGAGAUUUUCUCGCCAUCAUCUUCUUCGCCUCCAUCGGUCUCCACGUGUUCCCGACAUUCGUGCUGUAUGAACUCACCAUUCUGUUGGUGCUAACACUCUCGCUCGUCAUUAUGAAGUUCGUGAUGGCCGUACUGGUGUUGUCGGUGAUCUUGCCUCCAGGCUCUCGACACAUACGGUGGAUUGUCUCAGCUGGUCUGGCUCAGGUCAGCGAAUUCUCCUUCGUCUUGAGCAGCCGUGCUCGUCGUGCUGGCAUCAUCUCCAGAGAGGUUUACCUGCUGGUUCUCAGUGUCACCACCCUCAGUUUGCUACUGGCACCAGUGCUGUGGAGAGUCACCACACACAAAUGGGUUCCCCGGGGCGAACGCAAAAUAGUCACAUGACCAGGCCGGCUUCAGGGCCAAAAGGUUCCCAUGUAACUCUUACAAAGCCGGCAGCGGCAUCACGGGAAGCAGAAGUUAAGUCUUAUUUUACCGUUCAGAAAGUUCUCACGUUAACGCACACAAUGAUAUGAGACGUGGCCUGUUGGACCAAAUCUCUCUUCUUCUUCUUCUUCUUGAUUUAACAGACGCAGUUCACGGCUUUAUGGGAGGAAAGAAAAUCAUCAUCAGCUACAUUUUGGCUUCUUUAAAAAUGCCUUCUUCAGAUUGUUAUAAAGGUCUUCUGCUUUGGUAUCAUCCAUUAUAUUUCAUGUCAAGAGCAUGGACCUGGACCAUCCAUGCUCUUCACCAGUGUAUUACAUAUAGAUACUGAUACCUGAUACUGUAUAAGGUCUUAUUUUAUAACACGUACUGUAAUCAUUUCAGCUCAUUUCUGUCAAAUUGCAACCUCACUGAACUGCUCCACUCAAAUCAACAGUCUUAAAGGCUUGACAGAAUCACUGAUAGGAAGCACACCUGCUUGACAGUUCAGUGGAGAAGCACAAGUACUGAUGCAUUAUGAAGAAAAACAGAUACUUUCCCUCUCCGCCGUCUGUACGAAUUAUUUUGUUUUCCACUGAAAGUCAGUGGAGUUGCUCUUUCUUUGAUCUUCAUCAGUUUUUCUACAUUCCUGGUAACAAUCACAGGGACCAAAUCUGAGGGUUUAACUUCAUAUUUUGUUUCCUUAUUCAUGUAUGAGUUAAAUAUUUGAUUUUUUUUUUGAAAACUUUUUGUGUAAUUUAACAUGGCCUCCAUUUUCCCUAUAUUUGACCAUCUCGCAUUACUAUUUCUGACUUUUAGGUUAUUGCAAAUGACAAAUUUGGAUUCUUACUGAAGUGCAAACCUUUCUAUCUGCUGUAUUUAAUAGAUGGUACUUGUAGUUUAUCUAAUCACUGUACUGCUGUGAAUUUAGCUGUGACAACAGUUUUAGUGUUAGCUAAAAACAAAUACAUAGAAUACAAAUAUUCCUUUUACAAAAACUAUAACCGUCUUUAUUCAUUCCUUUUUUCAGGCUCUCCAUUUUUGUCAAAUGAAUGUAAACUCUGGUAUAAUACAGAAAAGUAAAAAGUAAGAAAUGGAGAUAAUGAAAUAUUUAGAUAGCAGUUCACAAGAACAGAAAAUGUACAUCAGAAUUGAUUUACUGGUGUUACAUUUAAAGAAAAAUCCUGCACUAGUUACCAUUGAAUGUCAAACAUAUGUGCCUGCUCAACACUGCUCUGCACUAAAAGUAAGACUUUGAGGACUGUAACCUCUGUGGCAUCUCAUGCUGUAAACGUCUUUGUCUUAUCUUUCAUAAUGUGCAAUGUAAAUGUAUGUAUGUAUGAGCUACAUACAUGUUCUAUUUUGUUUCAUGUUUAAUUUUUUUUUUUUUUCACAUUUUCCUGCUAUAUGUCAACACAGAGUAAUUUUCGUUACUUUGUGUAGUGGAUGAGUUUACAUACGUGUUGUUGGUGGCCAUGACACUCCCAGGCACAAAGAAAUGGUGUUUUCAUCAAAAUGUCCAUGUAUUUUUAAAUUGUUUAAUUAAUUCAUUUAUUUAUUAAAAAUAAUAUGACUAAGAAGUA